AUCCCCUCCUCGCCGCCGCUUCCUGCGGAGUCCCGCGUCCCCCACCCACCCGGCCUCAGUUUCCGCAUCUACUCGGUAGGAGGACCCUGGGCGUCCUUUGGACUAGAAACCCUGCGUGGUAUUGCCUCCCUCCUCCCGCGCAGCGAGCUGCUGGCUGCGGCGGCCGCACGUGCAGGCGGCCGGUCGGCGGGGUCGCUGUGUCGGGAGACGAGGCGGCGGCGGCAAGGUCGCAGUCGGCGGCCUUCCCCGCGCGCUCCCAGUCCUGCGCGCCCGCCGCCGGCCCAGGCCCGCCGUAGCCGCGUGCCCGGGGCCGCCGCGUGGAGGUCGGAGCGCCAGCGCCGCGCGGCCGGCCAGACGCGGCUCCCCAUGCGGCGCGCGCGGCGCGCUCUGCAGGCGCAGGUGAGCCGGCACCAUGGGGCAGGCGGGCUGCAAGGGGCUCUACCAGUCGCUGUUCGACUACAAGACCGAAAAGUAUGUCAUCGCCAAGAACAAGAAGGUGGGGCUGCUCUACCGGCUGCUGCAGGUCUCCAUCCUGACCUACCUGGUGGUUUGGGUGUUCCUGGUGAAGAAGGGUUACCAAGACACCGACACCUCCCUGCAGAGCAGCAUUGUCACCAAAGUGAAGGGUGUGACCUUCACCAACACCUCAGAGCUCGGCGAGCGGCUCUGGGACGUUGCCGACUAUGUCAUCCCACCUCAGGGGGAGAAUGUGUUCUUCAUCAUCACCAACCUGAUCGUGACGCCCAACCAGCGGCAGGAAACCUGUGCUGAGAGUGAAAGCAUUCCCGACGCUCUGUGCCAUGAGGACAGCGACUGCCCUCCUGGGGAGCCUGUUGUGGCUGGAAAUGGACUGAGGACUGGCCGCUGCCUGAGGGCAGGGAACACACAAAGGGGCACCUGUGAGAUCUUCGCCUGGUGUCCAGUGGAGACAAAGUCCAGGCCAACGAAGCCACUCCUGGGCAAGGCUGAAGACUUCACUGUUUACAUAAAGAACUUCAUUCGUUUCCCCAAAUUCAACUUCUCCAAGACCAAUGUACAGGAUUCCAAAGACAAAUCUUUCCUGAAAUCCUGUCAGUUUGGCCCCAAGAACCCCUACUGCCCCAUCUUCCGACUGGGGUCCUUGGUCAGCUGGACAGGGAGCAACUUCCAGGAGCUAGCCUUGCAGGGUGGUGUAAUAGGUAUUCAGAUCGAAUGGGACUGUGAUCUUGAUAAAGCUCCUUCUGAAUGCAACCCUCACUAUUAUUUUAGCCGUCUGGACAACAAAUUUUCAGAAAACUCUAUCUCCUCUGGGUAUAAUUUCAGGUUUGCCAAAUAUUACCGAGAUGCGGCUGGGGUAGAGUUCCGCACCCUGAUGAAGGCCUACGGGAUCCGCUUUGAUGUGAUGGUGAAUGGCAAGGCAGGGAAGUUCAACAUCAUCCCCACAAUCAUCAACGUGGGCUCUGGGCUGGCACUCAUGGGUGCUGGGUCCUUCUUCUGUGACCUGGUGCUCAUCUACUUCAUCAAGAAGAGCAACUUUUACCGGGACAAGAAGUACGAGGAAGUGAGGGCCCUAAAGGGCCUCACGCGGCUGGUGAAGUCCUCGCAGCAGGGUGAGGCCCCAGAGGCUGAGGACGCGGGAACGGGGCCGGGGCUGGCGGAGCAGCCGGAGGUGCAGGACGGAGGCGGAGGCCAGACGGGGGAUGGCUGCGUGAGCCGGCAGCUCCUCGAGCCCGCCAGGUCCGGCCACCUGGGGAAUGGCAAGGUGAAUGUGGAGCAGCUGCAGAACCUGCAGACAGUGGAGGCGUAGCCAGCAAUGUUGACCUAGAGCGGAUUUGGUGAAGAUGGGGGCAGAACUAUGCACAGCUCUGAGCUGGGAAGAUCCGCCUUUGUGUCUGCAUGGGACACGGGCUCCCAGGGCAGCCAUCUUCCUGCACUUUGGGAUCUUGCCACAAGCUUAUUGUGGUGUGUGUGAGGAGGAGAGUCUCCCAGUGGCCAGAAUGGCUCAGAUCUAGAAGAGGAGGCCCUGGGGAGGGAAGGGGUCAGGCCAGGAGCUUGAGUGCCACUAGAGUAGUUUUCAUGAUUUCUGAGAACCUGCUUGGGCAUUCAUUUGUUCAUUAAAUAAACAUUUUUUCCUGCGGGCUGGGCCCUAUGCAAGACGUGUUUAAAUGAGAUGCUGACCUGGCCCUCGGAGUGGGGCACACUUGCCAUUCCCUUCAGAGCCAACGGCCACUUUGGCCUUCCUCCAGCCACUAGCUGAGGCCUUCACAAAUCCCUUUCGAGAGUGAUGGCUUCUCAGAGAAGGGCCUUGGCCAACAUGCAAGGGGACAUUCGACUUCGCUCCCAGAGAUCAAAUGUAAAGGUGGCCAAGGAAGCAGCCAGGAAAAGACUGGACCCGCCAGAGGCAGCUGGCCCUGAGGGGAGAGGCCCUCCCGAGAGCUCCUGGGGAAGGUGGGGAAGGGGAGGCAGGGAGGCCUCUGCUCCGGCAGAGCAUCUGGCCUAGAAGGGAGAUCAUUUGAUGGUGUGGUCUGGCUCUUGCUGUUCUGUGGGGCUGGGGGUUCCUGCCCGCAGUCCGCCCCUCUCUCCUCAAAGGCCGGGUCUGAGGGGCCAGUGAGGUAAUGGAUGGUGCUCACUGGGCAGGUGGAAGUGUUGUCAGGGCGGCCCUUGCCCUUCACGCUUGCCCUUUCCUCCCCGCCCCCACCCUGCAGAACCCAGCCGCCUCAGAGCGUGCACUUUGCACGCACCAGCAUCACCUGGGAGUUCCUUGGAACUGCAGUCUCCAGCCCCUCCCUUGUCCUCCUAAAUCAGACCCUGCAUUUCCACAAGAUUCCCAGGUGAUCGGUGUGCAUGUUAGAGUUUGAGAAGCACUGGUUGAGUUAAUGCAGAGCCUGGUUCCGAGGGAGGAACAAGCCAGCUUUGGUGGGUGGCACCAAUUUCUGGUCACAUGCUCUACCUUGAGACCCAGAUGAUCCCCCACCCCCACUCCUGGGUAAGUGGCAUGAUACUUAAAUUUAUUUAAGUUAAAAUACUUUGACUGGAUAAUAGUGACAUGACUCAAAAUUUAAAAGGCACCAAAUGAUAGUGAAAAGCUUCCCUCCCACCCUCUUUCCUGAGGCAACCCGUGUCACCACUGCCAAGAGACGCUUUUGUUUUCCUGAGAAUCCACCUGGUUAUGUGCACCCUCUCAGGAAAUGAGCUUUCGAUAUCUGCAACUCAGACCCAGUUUCUUCUCUCAGGAAGGGACACACGGAAUAACGCUGAUGUGUGCCCAGCUGGGGAGGCAGCUAGCUCUCUGCUUCUCCCGGUGUCUGAGGAGUCCCCGUGCAAAUCUGGGGGAGACAGAGAACUCCUAAUUCACUGAGGUCUGUGGCUCAGCAGCAAAGGCCUGCAGCGUGGCCCAUUGCCCAGCAAGCCCCAAGUGCUGUUUGUGCAGCUGUGUAGAAACUAGGGUACUUAAGGGCUCUUCAGGGCCUGCCUUAAGUCAGAGGAGCCUAGUUCUCCUCUGCACAGAGGGGCCCUAAGCAUCCCUUCACCAGGGCCUUUGGAGAGGGUCGGAAGGGGCCUGAAAGGUCUCUGGCAAGGCUCUGCCACUGGGGCAGAGGGACAUGGUCCCCAAAAUAGUUGCCCUUCCAGAGCAAGCAGCUUCCUCCCUUGAGCUGCCUGAUAACCUGUCCACAAGCCCACCUGUUUUCUGACUAGGAAGUAAAAAACCUGGGUGGCCCACUGUGUUUCACUUCCUUACUAAAUCAAACCCUUAGACUUAAUAAUCUAGCAUGUUACUUUUACGUUUGGAAGAGAGUAAAAAGGGCAGGGGUCACAGCUGCUUAGGAUUUGGUCUGGUUUCUUUUAACCUGUUUUUGGAAUUGCUUUGCAGCAAUUCUAUUAUCAGGGGCGGUUGUACUAUUUGCUUUAUAUUGGAAUGAAAAUGUCUUCCUACAGUAUGAAUUCACUCAGUAAAUGUUUAUUGAGUACCUUUUAUCAGGUGUUGGACUACAUGCUGGUGACACAGUGCCAAGCAGCAUGGUCCCUGCCCAGGUGCUCAGUCUACGGGGAGCCAAACCUUAACCGCUGGUCCCCCUUUUACUCACAAAUGGAACUGAAUUGCCAGUGAAGAGUAGCCAGAAAAGGUUCCCCAAGGCAGUGACAUACAAGUUAAAAUCUGAAAGCUUUUUAGGUAAGGAGAUCACAUGCAUAUAAAAAUAACACCUUAACCUGAAAAGAAGCAACCGGGGAAAUAGAUGGAGACCCUGGCUGAAGCUGGUUUUGUGAGGCCUUCUUUUUAUCAACUGAAUACUUCACUGCUCUCGAGGACUGAGCCUAACUGUUUCUUCAAGUCCAGUAAAGCUGUGCAGGUGGCCUCCCUCCUGUCUCGGGGCCACAGGCUCACAGGAGCCACUGACCCGUUCCAGCUCCGGGACAGGGUUGGUCGCUGCCAGUUCCCUUGGUUUUGCACAGCUCUCUCCCUUGGUGCAUGAGUGGAGGGCUCGUUCAUUUUAUAGAAACUGGCUUUGAAAUGGGAAGUAAAGCAGGUACUUGGCUCCCUUCAGACAUGGGAAAGCCCUUCACUCAGGGUGCCGUUGCCAACAGGAAGAUGAGCGUGCCAGCCUCUCACGAGCUCCUGUCCAUGCUCAUUCCAGGAUCACAUGAAUUGUCUAUGCUUAUGUUCAGACCCUGGCCUAAAGCCAUCUACCUAGUAUUUUCCUAAUGAUUUGGGCCAAGGGGAUGUGUAAAUUGGGUGCUAUCAAUGUGACAUUAUGGGGACCAGCCAUGAAAAAUCGAAGUGCUCUCUACUCCUGAUGCAGGGGUUACCAGAACUGACCAAUUACAGCUGCCUUUUCGCCCCACUGCCCCAUCGGCUCCUAUCUCAGUGGCUGGUUGCCCCACUGGGAGAUCAGUCACAAUGGGGCAAUGUGACUUCCUCCAGGUGUCGCUAAGGACUACAGUGCCCUGGGGAGUCCCUUAAUCACCCACUUGAAAUGGCAUCUUUCAUGUUUGGAAAAGGGCUCCACUUGUUUCCAACCACCUCCUUCUACCAAGUGAUGCAAUGGGUUCAGAGACUCCGAAAGACCCCCCUUUCUGCCAGCUGUUCUUUCUUUCCCCUUAGGCCAGUACACAGACUUAAAGGGGGAAGGUGGCAGACGUUUUCAGGGAUCUGCCCAAUAUAUGUAUUCUCUGACAUUUUUAUUUGGUUAUAAAACAAUAAAAGGUGUUAACUUUAAAUGUGUCCUGAUGUUUCUCCCUUCAUGUCUUCAUGGUGACCCCAUGUUUUAGAGGAAAAUGUAAGGAGAAAGGGACCAAAAGAGGCAGACACAGAAACAAUUACAGUGAGCAGUAUAUUACACUCCUUACUAUCUUGCAAAGAAGUUCAAAUGUAAGUUAAAGAAGCUCUUUAAAUAAACAUGCAUUAAGACUAGGAAGGCAUUGGUAAAACUGGUACUUUUCAUUCAAUGAGUAUAAUCUAAUAAAACUCUGGAAAGCAUUUGGAAUCAAGUUUUUAUCUUCUGCUGUAGGAACUAUUCCUUCAAAACAACAUAGAUGUGAAGACGUUCACUACAAUAAUAGUGAACAUGUCAAACAAGCUUACUACCUGUUUACCACUACCUUACCUGCCUCUUGGCUUCAUGUGCAAGCAUGUGGUCCAGAACCCAAAAUAGGAUUCCGGUCUGGGUCCCAGAUCCAAUGGUUAUUGGCCAGGGGCCACUUACUUAACUGUCUGUAAAGGAGGACUUGGAGUCAAGCUCUCAAAUUCCUUUCUCAUCCAAAACAGAUUAAAAAAAAUUCAAAUCUAAUCACCUCAUUCCUAAAACUUCCAAAGGCUCCCCCCAGUUGCUCUAAGGAUCAAGGCCCCCCCUCCCCACUGUGCUGUCCAUGAUCUGGUCCAGUUCUGCCUCGUGGCCUCUUUAACUCUCCAAAGACGGGUCAAACUCCUUCCUACCCAGUGGCCUCACACAUGCGCUGGCAAGUAUCCCCUUCUCUAUGCUUGGCUGUUAUUCAACUUCCAAGUCUCAAAUGUAAUGGUAUUUCUGCAAAAAAGGCUUUCUUCACCCCCUCACCACUCCCCAACCACACACACACACCAGCCUGGGCUUGGUUUGGGUCUCUUCACACCAUAUCGAAGAUUUGUGAAAUUUGCUAAUGGAAGUAACAUGUUCAUGACUAUAACUCUAAUUCAGUGCUUAUUUUUCAAGUAAAUGUAUACAUCUUAGAUUCUUGGAUAACCCUCCUGACAAGAAGGGAUUACACAUUAGCAUACAGACCGGCAUUUGCACUCUGGACAAGCCCAAAGUUUGGCUUAAAUUCUAGUCUGUUUCAUCUUCAUUAGACAUAUUCUAGAAAAGAGCUUGAAUUUGUUUUUUAAAAUGGAAAGGACAGCUGGCUGUAACUAAGUGAAAUGGAAGUGAAAUGACAUCAUUCACACCUGAUUGCAGUGGUGAGGUGGGAGGGAAGGCGGGGCUCUGAAAAGGUAAAGCCAUUUCAGCAAGAGCAAUGAAGAAACCUGCAUUUGAAUCCUGACUCUGCCUUUAGCUGUGCCUCCCAUAGUGGGAGGUACUUAACCUCUGAGCCUCAGGUUCAUCAACGACGGCUAACAAAUUUACUUCAUAAGCACAUUACUAGAAUUAAACGGGAUAAUGAGCGUAAAAGGUACAAGGCACAAUACCUGGCAUAUAAGCAACGCUUAAUAAGCAUUAGUUAUUACUUUACAGGAUGUUAAAUUAUCGCCAGAUUUAGGCCCUAACGGCCCUUCUCUGGAUGACCUAUGUAUAAAU